GCUUUGGAAGUUUGGCAGUUCCUCAAAAUGGUGAACAUAGAGUUACCAUAUGACCCAGCGAUGUUCCUUCCAGGUAUACAUCUGAGAGAAUUGAAAACAUACGUUUCUUUAAAAACUUGUAUACAAAUGUCUAUAGUAGCGUUAUUAACAACAGCCUCAGACAGGAAACAAUACAACUGUCCCUCAAGUAAUGAACAGACAAAGACGAACGUGGCACGCUCUUUCUCUUCAACAAGGCAGCUGAGCAGAUGAAGAGAUGCAGAUCUUUGUGAAGACCCCGACAGGCAAGACCAUCAUCCUCAAGGUCGAGCCCAGAGAUACUGCUGAGAAUGUCGAAGCCAAACUCCAAGGCAAGGAGCGCAUCUCCCCUGAUCAGCAGCAUCUGAUUUUUGUGGGCAGAUGGCCGGAGGAUGGCUGCACGCUCAGGCGACAAUACCCAGAAAAAGUCCACUUGGUACUUCGCCUGUGGUGUAGCAUCAUGCAACCUUCCCUCCGCCGGGUGACCCAGAAACACAACUGCGACAGGAUGAUCUGCCCCAAGCGUCAUGGUCGCCUGCAUCGUGCUGUCAACUGCCAGAAAAAGUGCGACCACACCACCCAUACCUGUGCUCCGAGAAGAUCAAAUAAGGUCCCUCUACUCACUCUUCCAUUGCCUGCAGGAGGCCCAAGGCCCUUGGGCUUCAGCAAACGGAUCCGGUCUCGGCGAGAGCGCAUUGCACAUUUUGCUCCAGCCCGGAGGCGGCGGGCGGCGGGAGGGCACUCCCGGGCUGUGCAGAGCGCAGCAGGGGCACCGAGCCAGGCACUUUGCCCCAAAGAUGGCCGGGUCGCUCCUAAGGGACAAACGCUCCAGGGAAAACUUGAGCCAUCCCAGAACCUCUUGAAGACCUCUCAUUUGGUUCCUCCACAGAAAGGGUCUUCUAUUUUUGAUCCCCGGGACAACUUCAGAGAACGAGGAAAGUUGGGUGGCUACUUAACGAUUUGGGAGCGUGGCAAUGAUUCAAACUGUGGCUUCACCCUGAUGAUCUCUAGGGACUCUGCGUGGAGUUCUAACCAUCGCAGCUUCAGACCCAGAACCCAAGGACAAGGAAUCGCGCAUCUACAGUCGAGCCUCGGCCUUGACCCGUUUCUCUGGUUCCGCCCAGCUCUGGUGGAAACUUCCCCCAGGUUCACGCGGGGCUGGGAAUUAGGUGGGAAAGGCAAGGCCCCCUUGAUCCCUUUACAGCAACUUCUCAGUACACAGCUGUGUCUGUUCAGAGUAGGCACCCUUGUGGCGGACCAAAGCGAGCACCUUCCUAGGACCUCGCAGAGAGAGUGGAUGGAGGCCAAGAGGACCCUGAGAGGACCUUUCCCGUCCACACCCCGCCUCCUUCCCAUGGGAGUAUCCCCGGAUCCCCGCCCCAACCUGGAAGCGAGCGCCCCCGGCUGUUCACGGCAGCCCCUCGGCGCCUGUUUGCAGGGAGCUCGGCUUCUGGCUCGUCGCAGAUCCAGCUGCGGUUCCGACCGGUCCCCAGCCUCAAACGACCCGGCGGAGGAGCGGGCGCGCGGCGGCGUGCGCAGCCUCCCCGGGCUGCCGGAGGCGGCCGCUGCACCGCUAGCCGCGGAGCGCGGCGGCCGGACCUCCGCCCCGGCACUCCCCGCCCCGGGCGCGCUCGCCGGGGAGAGACCCCCGAGUCCUGCGCAUUUCGCAGCUGCGCCGGCGUGGGGAAUGAGAGCGCGGUGGCUCCGGGUCGCCGCGGAGCAGCUGCCGGUGGGAGAGAGAGGCGAGGCGAGGGGGCGGCAGCCUCGGCCCGAAGGGGGUGGCGAGAGUGAAGGUGGAGGUAGUCACACCUAUGCUGGUGACCUUGGCGUGCCCCCCUGGAGCGGCGAGCCGGGGGCUUGUCAGAGGCUGGAAACGGCGCGGCUAGAAUAUUGCGUGGAUCCUUACCCGGGGCCGCGGGGAGGCCAUCGCGCUUCCGGACGCCGGACGACGGGGGCACGAGGAGCGAGAAGCCGGCGCGAGGCGGCGACGCUGGAGGGUGGGGACGCCGGCGAGCGCAGAGCCCGCGCUCGGAGCGCGAGGUUGGGGGUGCUCCGAGGCGCUCCAGCCUCCGCGCGGGAGACCCCGGUCGGGGGAGGAGGCGGGCGUGAAGCCUCAGGUCGCUGCGGUGGCCGUCGGGCGCCUCUGGAGCCUCGGUGGCUAGUGUUCCCAGUCCGGAGCAGGCUGACCCUCCGGCUGCCCCCCACCCUGCGCCGGUCCCCCCGAGUCUGCAGGCGCUUCCCCGCCCCGCCGCCAGGGCCGGACGCCACCGGGCUUGCCCGCGACCCUAGCUCCCUGCUCAGCCGUUCGCGGGGCCCGUUCAGCUCUUCCUUGGCUCCUUCCUCUCUAACUGGACUCCCGAAGGAGGUUUUAUCCUUUAACUUGACCGAACUUCUGAUGGGGAACAAAAAAAAAAAGUUCACGGCAGCCGCGCGCCUCGCUAGGAGCAGAGCCCCGCGGAGGGCAGGCGGGGGCGCCGCGGGCCGCCUCGCCUGCCCUCUCCUCUCCUGGGAGGGUUCUCAGGGAAGUUUGGACAAAAUGUGACGCGAUUGUUCUGGGAAGGCCACGAAGGCAUCUUCUUCCAGAGUAGGACCGUCUGUGCCUGGGAGUCCGGUGUCCCACCCGGCUUCUGGUACCAAGGGUACAUACACUUGGGGGGACGAAGACGAUUAAUUAAACCCCAUCUUUCAAAAAGUCGUUCAUGAUGCAUACUGGUCACCCAAUUUCAUUUACUCCGAUUCAUUCAUUUAUUCACGCAGAAACACUUUAGGAGGCCCAGUGUGUGCCAGGCAUUGUGUUAGAGGCUGUGGCAACAGAAAUGACUGAUGUUUGGUUCCAGUACUCAGGGAGCUUACAGUCUGGAAGAGCAGAGGUCGGGAAAGAAGAUGGAAAAAAUACGUGUCCUACAGGAGACGGCAGGUGCUACCUGGUUUUCACCACAGUGACUCACUCCCAUCUCGCUAACUGUGGAGCCCAACAGCUGCUGUAUUUCAUCCCCCCUGAAGUCAGCGACACUAUCAUUCUUUUUGAUGCCCAGAGGCCAAUACUGUGCCAAGCACAUAGUAGGUCAUCGAUAAAGUCUGUUAACUGAACGGAUGAAGGGAUAAGUUAUUCAUAUUGAAGAUGUUUUAAAGAAAGAUAACCAUGCUGUAUAGUAGUCCCCCUCAUUGGAGGGGGAAGGGAUCCGUCCAAAACCCCCAGUAGAUGCCUGAAAUUUUGGAGAUAGUACUGAACCCUAUACAUACUGUGUUUUUCCUUAUACAUUCAUACUUAUGAUGACGUUUGACUUGUAAAUUAUGCAAGUAAGAGAUUAAGAGUACCAUAAUAAAAUAGAACACUUAUAACAAAUACUGCAAUAAAGUUAUAUGAAUGUGGUCUGUCUCUCUCAAAAUAUUGUACUGCACUCACCCUGCUUCUUGUGAUGAUGUGAGAUGAUAAGAUACCUGUCUAAUGAGAGGAAGGCAUUGUGAUGUAGCAUUAGACUACUACUGACCCUUUGACCACACCUCUGUGGGUAACUGAAACCUUGGAAAGUGAACCUAUGGGUAAGGGUUGGGGGGCUACUCUAUUGGGGGGACAUUAAAGAAGAAAGAGAAUGAGUUGAAAGGGGAAGGAAUCAGGGAGCUGGAGAGGGCAGGAGAAAAAAAAAAAGAUAGGGCUCAUGAACAUUUGGAAGUAUAUAUUCUUUAACAAACAACUUUUGUCUUCCAUUUUAAGCCAGUGGAAAUUAGCAGCACUCAACUCCGUGCUCUAUGAAAUACAGGAAUCUCUGGAUAUUUGGAUUAUAACUUUUUUAGAGCAAGGCCUUUGUUAAAUUACCGUAUGGAGGUCAUGAUGCCAUAUUCAUGUGGAUAUGUUGAUAAUAUGGUGAUUUGGAUGUGUCUAGGGUAGAGGAACAGGUUGAUGAAAGAAUACUUUAGAAUUACCAAAAUAAUUCCUUCAAACAUCUUUUAAUAUUUUGCUACUUAAUGUGCAAAUUUCUACUCAUGUAUUUUAACUAUGUUUAAUUUAAACUCAAUUAAAAUAUUUAUACAGAGAUUUUAGCAAUGAAGAUUAAACACAUGGGCAAGACUCUCCUUGGCUUAAGUAAUUGAACCCAUUGCACAGGUAGAAGGUAGUAAAUUCCCAGGUGAAUGAUAAGGGUUUUUCACCCCAUUAAUUUUUUUAUUUUUACCAAAAAACUAAAACUUCAUAUAUUUUUGUUAUGUGCAAAACAGAGCUACUUCUUUUUUUUUAAACCAGUAUUUUCAACAGUAAUAAUAACUUGGUGAUCUGAGUCAAGAGCUUAUAGGUAUUAAUCCUGGAUUUAGUUAUUGGAAACUUUUGGUGCUAUGUGAUUUGGAGCCAUUCUAGAAUUUUUGUCAACCUCAUUUUCUCUACUUAUGAAAUAAGAUUAUUUUACUGAAAUGAUUUAAUUUGUCUUUUAAAAUCAGAGUUUGUCAAUGUAGAGUGUGCUGGGUUUAGAUAUUGUACUCUGUAGUUGAUGUCAUUAAUUUGGUAUACCAGCACUGAGUAGCAAUUUGUAAUUAGCCAAUAGAAAAUAACCCAUAUUUUCUAUCAUUAGGUAUUUUGAAGAUGUUUUAGGACAUUGUCAGAGUUCUAGGAAGAGUUUUGUGAUUGUGGACAAUGUAUGGUGACUAAAAAUUGUAUUUUAGGAGGAACUAUAAAUAAAUACUAAAAAUGGUAGCUAAA